AUGGAGUUGCUGAUGAGUGGGUACAGCGAGGAGGACCUCCGAUGCGCAACGCAAGGCUUCGACAAAUCCUGCCUACUGGGCGCCGGGUCUUUCGGCCAGGUGUAUAAGGGGACCAUGAAGGAUGGAACCGAGGUGGCGAUCAAGGUCCUGCAGGUGCCAGAAGAAGGUGGCUUUGAAGACGAGGUGCGCGUCCUGUCACGCUUCCGACAUCCGAACCUCGUAAUCCUGAUGGGCUUUGCCAGGCACGCCGCAACUGGAUGGCGCAGCCUCAUCUAUGAGUUCUGUGCUGGCGGUGAUGCGGCACAGAGGAUAUCUCGGAGUCGUCAUCGCAAGGAGCUUUUUGGUGGCCGAGAACGCCUCAGUGCUGCACUCGACGCCGCUUGCGGGCUUUCACACCUGCACAACAUGACCCCAAGGGCCUUUCAUCGAGACAUCAAGUCGCAGAACAUCUUGCUGGAUAAAAACGGCACGGCCAAAAUGGCGGAUUUUGGUCUUGCAUGCUUGUCCAGUGCUUCGCAGCACAAGGUGCACCGAGUUGGGGGAACCGUGGGCUACGCCUGCCCGGAGUACCUCCGUACAGGCCUCAUCACCGAAGGUGCCGAGGUCUACAGCUUUGGCAUGGUGCUUCUUGAGCUGCUCACUGGCGUGCCGCCUGCUAUCUGCCGGCCGGGUGGCAAGUCGGGGGAGUACAACUACCUGGUGGACUGGCUGCAAGGAAGUUCCGAGAAAGUCCAGCAGAUGCUGGACCAGACCGCAAGCUUUGCCCCGCGCACCGCUGAGGCCAUGAGCGAGCUUGCCUUCCGGUGCACGCGCCUUCCGAGUACGGAGCGGCCUUUGUUUAAGCAGCUGGUGGAGGAGCUGCGCAAUUUGCUCUCUACCUUAGCGGAAGUUGGGCGCCCGACCGAGGUCGUUUCGACACCCGUGGUGGCCGCAUCUCCCCCGAGCUCAGAGUUGACGCAGGCUUUCGCCAAAGGCACUGCUGUGGAGGCGCCCUUUCGCGGGGGACCGCUGUGGUUCCAAGGAUGGGUCGUGAACCACAAGCAGAACGGCAUUGCUGUGGUGCGAUACAACGACGGCCAGGAAGAGGACGUGCCAUUCACCAGCCUCCGCGGGGCUCCCGGCACUUCCUUCGUGGCGCCGACGCCGACGCCAGUGACCGAGAAAGGGCCUCCAUCGUCGCCGCCAUCUUUGCCUCCCACGUUGAUUGCCGACGCCGGCAAUGGUCUGCCCCGGACUGUGGACCCAGAACCCAGAACACAAGCCACUUGGUGUCUACAACUACUGAAAACGCUUAGGGGUACGUUUAGAGAAGACGGCAACAGCACUUCCUUGUUCUGCAGUGGCAGAGUGACCUCUAAGAGGAACAUGGAAGCGGAUAGCGGUUUGUUAUCUCGGGUGACCUGUCCCGGCUGGUGUUUUCGGAUCUUGAGCUGCACUGUAUGCUUUCUAGUUGGUUGGGUAAUCUGUAGUUGCGAGCUUUGGGCGUAG